AUGAGUGAAAAGGAAACAAGCUCGCAGGGCACUUCCAAGUCUGGAAAGAUGGCUGCGUUGAAGUCAAUGUUCCAGAAGGACGAGUCAGCAAAGCGUGCACCAAGCGUUGCAUCAACAUCAACUGAUGCACCUUUACUUGAUCGAAAUGGCAACAAGACUGCCAAAUACACCACGGCAGAAACGAUGCAAGGCCAGUUCCGGUUUACAAGUGGUUGA